UUGUUGGUUCUGCGAUUCAAAUAUUUCGUUUUCUCUAGGCGAAUUCAGUGCAGUCAAGUUCAAGAUGCCGAAAGACGGGGUGCUCAAGAUGAGUUACAUCGAGCAAGCGAGGAAGAGGAACAAAUGUUACAGACUUUCCUGCUUCAUCCAUCUAAUCGAUUACAUGCAAGCGAACAUGAUGCACGGUCUCUUGAUAAACUCCUACGUGGAGUUUAUAAAAGCUUUGGAGAGUCACGUGGAUUCUUUGCCGGAGGACGAGUUGAUCGAUAACGAUACGAUCGACGUUCCCAUAAAAGAGACCGAGUCCUCGAUACACCGUCUGCAGCCAUACUUCGUGGUGGAUCUGCUAAUUCUGCCGUCCUCGGAUGUCGUAAUGGAUCCAACCGAAGCCAUCUUCCGUUUCGUGAUACAAACUAUCCAAAUCAUGUGGGAGGAGAACAUAUACGCCGUGAAACCUCUUCUCUCCGAUCCGUUCUUCAACUCGUUCACCAGGCCAAUGAUCAAUCACAAAAUAGAAGACCGGAUUUCGGGCCUUCCCCCGGAUAUGCACGACGUUCUCAAGCAAGAUCCGAUCACGCACGCACUCAAGAAACGGAUGGCCGAGAUUUGGGAUCGCAUCUUCGAUGUCGUGAAACGUUAUUGCCGCCGUUUCGACGAGAUCCGUGAAUUCUAUCUGGAGGACACAACGUUGGACGAGAAUAUUAUCCGCGACAAUCGAGAUUGCAAAUUAUUCCGGGAUUGGAGCAUCCGGUACAGGAGGGAGGUGGAUCUAAUCGGCAAAGUUAUCGAGCAUCAACGAUUGGGCCUGUUCCUCGUUCAGCUCGAGCGAUUUAAGGUGGCGGCGCAGCUCGCUCCCAGAGGAAAGAUCGGCGUCCUUGAGGCUGUUAUGCCCGGUAUAGGUAAAACGAGAGUCGACGCUCUCCUAACAAAAGCCGUCGAGUCCAUUAAAUACCUCGAGUCCGCGCCCGUCACGACGGAGGAGUACGUCAAGUACAUAAUGUUCGUCGACAAAGCUCGAGAACUUGUCGACGAGAUGGAGGCGCAGCUGGAUUACGUAAAGGAGCUGUACGACUUGAUGGAGGAAUUCGGUUUUCCUAUACCUUCGGUGGACAUGGCCAACUAUUUGGGCAUCGGAACGCAGUUCACCAGUUUACGUCUGGUGAUGGAGAACGUGUUGGAAGAUCGAGCGAAGUUGAUCAACAAGUUCAAUUCUCAGCUCCAGAAAGACAUCACAGAGUUGAACGAAAAGAUAUCGGAGAUCCGUGACGAGUUAACGCAACCUUGGCUGCUGGACUCUCAGAGCGACGAAGUGGCCUGUUUGAAUACAUUGAAAGACCUCGGCGACAGAUUGAAUGCCUGUGCCGCCACUGCGGAGGAGUACCACGCGCAUCAGAGGACUUUCAAGCUCGAGCAGACAAGAUUCGACGUCUUGGAUCAAGUGACGAACGAGUUGCGGCUUCGCACCUUGUUGUGGGAGACGCUGCAAGAAUGGGAGCACGCAGUGUUCGAAUGGCACGCGCUCGACUUCGAUACGUUGAACGUAGAAGAUAUCACAACGUUCACGAUGCGCACGAUGAAGAAUCUGAUCCAAUUGGAGAGAGGCUUGCCGCCGAACAAUAUCGUCCCCGGACUGAAAGACAACGUCGAAUCGUUGAGGAACAAACUGCCGAUCCUCGGUUACUUGAGGAAUCCCGAUCUGCGAGACAGGCAUUGGGAGAGGAUAGAAGACAUACUGAACUAUGCGUUCAAGCCCGACGAAAAGAAGACCUGGACGUUGAUGGAAGAUCUCGGCGCAUUCCAGAAACCCGAGGAACUGAUGGAAAUCGCUGCCGUGGCGAGCUCCGAGGCCAACCUGGAGAAAAUGCUGAACAAGGUCGUGAAUCUGUGGGAAGAGCUGAAGUUCAUUGUUGUCGCUCACAAGGAUGAGAAAGACGUUUAUAUUCUGGGUAGCAUGGAAGAGGUUGAAACGGCGAUGAACGAAAGCAACAUCAACCUGCAGACGAUUAACGCGUCGCGCCGCGUGGGACCCAUCCAGCCCCUGGUCGACGAAUGGGUUAAGAAGCUUGAUCUCUUCAUCGUUACUCUGGAAGCCUGGCAGUAUUUGCAGCAACAAUGGAUGUAUCUCGAGGCAAUUUUCUCGGCGCCCGACAUUCAAAGACAGCUCCCGACAGAGGCGAAGUUGUUCAUCGAGGUCGACAAGUUCUGGAAAGAUCUCAUGAGACGAACUCACAAGAUGCCUCUGGCAAUGGCUUGUUGCACUCAACCGGGCUUGCUCGAACAAUUCGAAGAGAACAAUAGAAGAUUGGACGAGGUGAUGAAGUGCCUGUUGGCGUACCUCGAAACGAAACGGAUGGCGUUCCCGCGGUUCUUCUUCUUGUCGAACGACGAACUUCUGGAGAUUCUGGCUCAGACGAAGAAUCCCCAUGCCGUGCAGAGACACUUGCAGAAAUGUUUCGACGCGAUACACAGAUUGGAAUUCGCGCUGAAGGAUAGCGAAACCGGCGACGAGCAAAUCUUGACCAUAGACAUAGUGGCGAUGCUUUCACCGGAAGGCGAAAGAGUUCCUCUCGGGACAGGUCUCAAAGCCAGGGGCAACGUGGAAGAUUGGCUGGCUAGAGUGGAGGAAGCUAUGUUUUCGACUUUAAGGAGAAGAAUGAAACAGGGAAUUAAGGAUUACGAAGCGAAGGGACGACAACAAUUCCUGUCGAUGCAUCCUUCUCAGAUAGUCCUCACCGUCUCCCAGAUCUUUUGGACCCUCAAUAUAGACAUGAUCUUAGAAUCCGAAAAUCGCGUGUUCGACUUGAUGAAAACGUUCGAGUUGCAGUGUUUCGCGAAUUUGAAUGAAUUGGCCGGAAUGGUCAGAGGAGAAUUACCAAAACUGAUCCGCGACGUUAUAAUUAAUUUAAUUACGAUUGACGUUCACGCCAGAGAUAUCGUGACUAGUUUAGUCGAAAACAACGUGUCGUCCAGCACGAGCUUCGAAUGGACAAAAGCGUUGCGCUAUUACUGGGACGCGGAAGUUGACAAUUGCCUGGCACGUAUGAGCAACGCCGAAUACAUUUAUGGAUACGAAUACCUAGGUGCACAGAAGAGACUCGUGAUUACACCCCUUACAGACAGAUGCUACUUGUGCCUGAUGGGCGCCCUGCAGUUGGAUCUCGGCGGGGCUCCUGCCGGCCCAGCCGGAACCGGGAAGACAGAGACCACCAAAGAUCUGGCUAAAGCAUGUGCCGUUCAGUGUGUCGUUUUUAACUGCUCGGAAGGUCUUGAUUACAGAAUGAUGGGCAGAUUUUUCUCAGGAUUGGCGACUUCCGGAGCCUGGUGUUGCUUCGACGAAUUCAACAGAAUAGACAUAGAGGUGCUGUCUGUGAUAGCUCAGCAAUUGAUCACGAUCAGGAACGCGAAGAUCAUUAGAGCCAAAGAGUUCAUGUUCGAGGGUCGAAUGAUGAAGCUCGUCAUGUCUUGCUCGACGUUUAUCACCAUGAACCCCGGUUACGCGGGUCGCACCGAAUUGCCGGACAACUUGAAGGCUCUGUUCCGGCCCUUCGCCAUGAUGGUUCCGGAUUACAAACUCAUAGCAGAAGUCACUUUAUAUUCGGAGGGAUUCGAGUCGUCGAGGCCGUUGUCGCAGAAGAUGACUUUGAUGUACACACUUUGCAGCGAGCAACUUUCUCAACAGGACCAUUACGAUUUCGGAAUGAGGGCGGUAAAGAGCGUGUUGGUGAUGGCGGGCAGUCUUAAGCGAAACAAUCCCGAUAAACCGGAAGACGUCGUCUUGAUCCGAGCUCUAUACGAGAGCAACAUACCGAAGUUCUUGCGGCAUGACGCCGAACUGUUCGAAGGCAUCGUGGGAGACUUGUUCCCAGGCAUCGUGAUACCCGAGGAGGAUUACGGCAUCUUAGAGAAAACAGCUGUCGCGGUACUGGAAGAAGGUAAUCUACAACCGGAACGUUGCACCUUGACGAAAGCUAUUCAGCUGCACGAGUGCUUGCAAGUGAGGCACGGGGUGAUGCUGGUCGGGCCAACUGGUUCCGGAAAAACUACGGUUCUCCGAACUCUUGCCACCACGUACACGAAACUUUACAAAAUGGCCGUGCCCGUACCUCUUUACCAACCGGUGCACGUGUACACGAUCAAUCCGAAAGCGAUCACUAUCGGUGAACUGUACGGGCAAGUGGACACGAUGACCAACGAGUGGCACGACGGACUCAUAGGAUUCACUGUUCGCCAUGCGUGUGCGUUUUCCACGUCAGAUCACCAAUGGAUAGUCUGCGACGGUCCCGUCGACGCCAUAUGGAUCGAAAAUAUGAACACCGUCUUGGACGACAACAAGAUGCUGUGCCUGGCCAACUCGGAGAGAAUCAAAUUCACACCGUACAUGCGAAUGCUGUUCGAAGUCCAAGACCUCGCACAAGCAUCACCGGCCACCGUUAGUCGAUGCGGUACAAGAAAACGUACUAUCGAUCCGUGCAGGCAGCUGCUGGAUUUCGACGGAAUGUACGACCGGGACAAGUUAUUCUGGAAAGACGUGGAGGACGUCGUCUAUACCGUGGCGUGCGCUCCACCCGGGGGCGGCAGGAAUCCGCUAACUCCAAGAUUCGUCCGACACUUCGCGAUCUUGCUGAUCCCAGCGCCCUCCGAAUUGACCUUGAAAGGAAUCUUCAAAGCGAUAAUGAACGGUUUCUUGACCGAUUUCGUCGAGUCGGUGAAGAUGAUCGGGGAGAAGAUAGUAAACGCCGCGGUGGACGUGUAUCAGAGGAUCGCGGACGAUCUUCUGCCGACUCCGGAGAAGAGCCACUACAUUUUCAACCUGCGCGAUCUGUCGAAAUGCAUUCAGGGGAUCAUGCAAGUGCGCGCCACGGUUAUAAAGCAGCCUCAAGAGAUGUACAGGCUCUUUUACCACGAAUGUCUUCGAGUGUUCCACGAUCGGCUGAUAAACGUGGAGGACAAGAGUUAUUUCUACAGACUUCUGAACAACAUCUGCGCCAGCACAUUUGGCAGCGAGGUGGUACGACUUCCGGACGAGAAAGUCAUCGAAAAACCACCGGCCCUGUUGUUUGGCGAUUUCAUGGCAUUCGGGGCUCCCAAGGAACACAGAAUUUAUGAGGAACUUACCGAGAUUUCGAAAGUCAAAAGGACAUUGGAGGACUACUUGGAAGAUUAUCGUUUCUCCGUGGGAAAAGACAUGGGAAUAAUCUUCUUCAUGGACGCCAUUGAACACGUCUGCAGGCUCGCGCGAAUUCUCCGGUCCGAAAGGGGCAACGGACUGCUCGUCGGUGUCGGAGGAAUGGGAAAGCAAAGUCUAACGAAGCUCGCGUCUCACUUGCACGGUUACAAUUGCUAUCAGAUCCAAGUAACACGGACGUACGACAAAAAUGCGUGGCACGAGGACCUGCGACGUUUCUAUUUCGAUCCGGGUGCCCUCGCCAAACACACGAGCUUCUUAUUCACGGAUACACAAAUCGUGCUCGAGGACUUUUUAGAGGACAUCAACAACACCUUAAAUACUGGGGAGGUGCCAAACUUGUACGACGCGGACGAACUGGAAAAGGUUAUCAUCGCCACUAGACCCGCUGCGAAGAAAGCAGGAAUUAGCGAGACAAACAGAGACGCUAUCUACCAGUUUUUCAUCGGAAGAGUUCGAAAUCAGCUUCACCUGAUGAUCUGUAUGAGUCCUAUAGGCGACGCAUUUCGGCACCGGUGUCGCAUGUUUCCGUCGUUGGUCAACUGCUGCACGAUCGAUUGGUUUACCACAUGGCCGAACGAUGCCCUCCUCUCGGUAGCAGAAAACACAUUGUCCGCAGUUGUUCCAGAUAAUCCGAAACUAGUCGGUGGUCUCUGUUCGAUCUGCGUCUUGAUCCACAAGACCGUCGAAGAGGUGACCGUUCGAUUCUUCAUAGAAAUGCGUCGUCGGUAUUAUACCACCCCGAGUAGCUACUUGGAGCUGUUGAAAUUGUUUCGGAUCACUUUGGACAAGAAGAAAAAGGAGAUCGAGACGCUGAAGAUCAAGAUUUCGAACGGUCUGAAUAAACUCCUCGAGACCAACGAGAUGGUCGCCGUCAUGAAAGAACAUUUAGUCAUUCUUGCACCGAAGCUGAAGGCAAGCACGGACGAGGUGUCGAAGCUGGUAAAAAUGAUCGCGAAGCAACAAGCCGAGUGCGACAAAGCUAAAUACGUGAUCAGCGCCGAAGAAGCUACGGCCAAGCUAAAAGCCGACGAGACAGCGAUACUGGAGGCUGACGCCAGACAAGACUUGGAAGCGGCAAUGCCCGCUCUAAUGGAGGCCCAGAAGGCGUUGGAAGCUUUGAACAAGAACGACAUCAACGAAAUCCGCGUGUUCAAUAAGCCGCCCCAUUUGGUCCGCUUCGUGAUGGAGGCUGUUAAUCUGCUGCUAGGCGAAAAGACAGAUUGGCCAUCGGCCAAGUUGGUUCUGGGUGACAUACAUUUCCUCGACCGUUUAAUGGCCUAUCCCAAGGACGAGAUAAGCGACAAGCUUCUAAACAAGCUGCAAGAAUACGUGAACCAUCCGGAGUUCCGACCGGAUCUGGUUGCCAAGCAGAGCAAGGCGUGCAAAUCGAUGUGUAUCUGGGUGAGAGCAAUGGACGGCUACGCAAAGAUUUACAGGGUCGUCGAGCCGAAACGACAGAGAUUGCACAAAGCGGUAGAAGAAUUGGAGUCUAUCGAACGAGUUCUGUCUAUGAAACAAGCGCAACUCGCCGAGUUGGAGGAGAAGAUCGCGCUGUUGCAGAUCGAAUACGACACGUCUAUCAAGAAUUUGAACAAACUGGAAGCAGAGAUGACGCUCGCGGAAGCCAGACUGAACCGAUCGGGCAGACUAACGUCCGCGCUAGCAGAUGAACGAAUACGAUGGGAGAAAAUGACAAAAGGGUUUGACGAUCAAAUGAUCAAUCUAACGGGCGACACGCUGGUUGCUGCCGGGGCUCUCGCCUAUCUUGGUGCCUUCACCAACGAAUAUAGGGAGGAAUUGAUGCAAAUUUGGUUAAACAGCUGUAAAAACCAUGACAUCAAGACCACCGAGAACUACAGCCUCGUCGCGAUAUUAGCCGACCCUUAUCAAAUCCGUCUUUGGAACACGCAUGGGUUACCAAGAGACAAGGUCAGCACGGAGAACGGGAUUUUCGUUACGCAGUCGAACCGUUGGCCUCUGAUGAUCGAUCCCCAAGAACAGGCGAACAGGUGGAUACGAAGCAUGGAGCAAAAUAAUAAUCUGAAGAUAUGCAAAUUGACGGAUGCGAAUUUCACGAGGAUACUCGAAUCGUCCAUUCGACUGGGAAUGCCCGUGCUGCUUCAGGAAGUGGGAGAAGUGCUGGAUCCUAGUUUAGAACCGGUGUUGCUCAAACAGAUCUUUAUGCAGGGUGGCAGGUUGUUGAUACGAUUCGGCGAUUCCGACAUCGACUACGAUACACAGUUUCGACUGUACAUCACAACGAAAAUCGCUAAUCCCCACUAUUUGCCAGAAGUCUGCAUCAAAGUGACCGUGGUGAACUUCACCGUAACCACGGGAGGCCUCGAAGAGCAACUACUGGCGGACGUGGUGCGCCUCGAAAGACCAGAUCUCGAAUCGAUGAGAAACGAUUUGAUAACGAAGAUCAACGCCGACAAGGGCCAGCUGCAGAGCAUCGAGGAUAGAAUACUAACGCUGUUGUACGGCGCCGGUGACGAUAUUCUGGACAACGAGGAUCUGAUCGAAACUCUGAACGACAGCAAGGAAACCUCCGCGAUCAUCGCAACGAGACUGAUCGAGAGCGAGGCUACCGAAGGGAAGAUCUCCGAAGCGCGUGAAAAAUAUCGAUCGGUAGCGAAUCGUGGAUCCGUCCUCUUCUUCGUCGUGGCCGAUCUUGCGAAUAUAGAUCCUAUGUACCAAUUCUCGCUGAAGUAUUUCAAUCAGAUAUUUAAUUUAGUAAUCGACUCAACCGAAAAGGAUGACAAUCUAGCCAGACGACUGCAAAAUCUCCUCAUCGAGAUAACAUUGGCCAUUUAUACGAACGUUUCGCGGGGUCUAUUUGAAAAGCACAAAUUAAUUUUCAGUUUUAUGCUGAAUAUCGCAAUAUUCAUGAACGAGAAAAUAAUCAACCAGGCCCAAUGGAAUUUUAUGUUGCGGGGUGCCACCCGAAUCAGUGUAGCUGACAGACCAGAUAUCCCGACAUUGACGAUCCAAAUGUGGACCUUCGUCAACUAUUUAGCUGCUACUUUCCCAGUUUUCAAAAAUAUUCUGAACGACGUUUUCAAGAAAAUUCCAUUAACAAUUGGAUAUUUCCAAGAAGUGAUCAACGUAAUUCCGACAAACGCAAGUAGUGCAACCAACAAUUGGAACAAUCUACUGUCCGACAUAGAAAAGUUGAUGCUGUUGAAAGCUUUGAAGGAAGAUCAAUUGAUCUUUGCGAUCACGGCGUUCGUGGCGAAGAAUCUCGGUCAGAAAUUCGUGGAAUCGCCAAUGGCUGCAAUGCCGCUCUUAUUCGCCAACACGUCGAACAAAAUACCUCUGGUGUUCAUCCUGACCACCGGAUCGGAUCCUUUCAGCGGUUUUCUAAGAUUCGCGGCCGAGAUGAAUUUCUCCGACAGAUACAAUUCGAUUUCUCUGGGACAGGGUCAAGGACCCGUGGCCGAAGGGCACAUACGAAAGGGCGUCGUGGAGGGCAGAUGGGUGUUUCUGCAAAAUUGUCAUUUAGCUGCGUCGUGGAUGAUCAAUAUGGAACAAAUCAUUAUGGAAAUCAGCGAGGAACAAGAGGGCCAGAUUCAUAGCGAUUUUAGGCUGUUCCUGAGCUCGAUGCCGAGUGUCAGCUUUCCGGUUUCCGUUCUUCAGAACGCGGUGAAGGUGACCAACGAACCACCGAAAGGUCUAAAGGCGAACAUAAAGAGAGCACUUUACGACUUCGACGAAGAAUUCUUCGAGGAACACCAUUUAAACGGGAAGUGGCGGAAGAUCAUAUUCGGAGUUUGUUUCUUUCACGCGAUUAUUCAGGAACGCAAAAAGUUUGGCCCGCUGGGUUGGAAUAUUCUUUACGAAUUCAACGACAGCGACAGAGAGUGCUGCUUACUGAACCUGAAACUGUUUUGCGUACACGAGCAUAUACCUUGGAAUGCGUUAAUAUACACUACAGGCGAAAUCACUUACGGCGGCAGAGUCACGGACACCUGGGACCUGAGGUGUAUGAAAACCAUAUUAGAUAUAUUCUUCUCACCUAAAACCCUGAAAGACGAUUACCUUUAUUCGCGGUCCGGAAAAUACUAUUGUCCAAACUUCAAAACUCUGAGGGAGUAUAGAGAUUUCGUGGAGAACUUCUCCAUAAUCGAUGAUCCGGAAAUCUUCCAGAUGCACGAGAACGCAAACCAAAUUUAUCAAUUAAAAGAGGCGCAAUUCGUAAUAAAUACCAUUUUGGAAGUACAACCAAAAGAAUCUGCAUCCGAAGAAGGGAAAUCCAGCUCGGAUAUAGCGUACGAGAUUGCGGACACGAUUCUGGUUCGGAUUCAACUUGAAAUAGAUUCUACAAAGUGUAAUCCCAAACACUUGGUAAGAGACUCAAAAGGACGACUUCCGUCGAUGACUACCGUCCUCGUUCACGAAGUUGAUAGGUACAAUACGCUGCUGAAGAAAAUACGCGUGUCGAUCGAAAACCUGCAACGAGCCAUUAAAGGGUUCGUCGUUAUGUCAGAAGAAUUAGAAAAUGUCUUCAUUGCUCUCAUCAAUAAUCAGGUACCGCAAAUGUGGCAUAACAUGAAUGUCUAUCCAUCCUUGAAAUCCUUGGGAAGCUGGAUAAGAAACUUAGAACUGAGGAUUGAUUUUAUUGAAAUUUGGUUGACUCAACAAAAACCCGUUUCUUUCUGGAUUUCCGGCUUAUCGUUUCCACAAGGAUUUUUAACGGGUAUGCUGCAGACAUGUGCAAGAAAGUAUAACACACCUAUCGAUCAUCUCAAACUGGAUUUCAUUCCCACCAAAAUCGUUCUCGAUCAAGCCGAAAUUGAAGAGGAACAUAAAAAAUCUGGAAAAGAGGGGGAGUCAUCGUACAAAGGCUUGCAAGUACCAGAGGAUGGUGUACUAAUUCACGGACUCUACAUUGACGCUGGUAGAUGGGAUUUUAACUCUAUGCUUCUAGUAGACGCGAACAUAGGCGAGAUGCACCCAAAUCUUCCAGUUUUACAUAUAAAUCCGAUACUAGAGUUACCAAAGGAUGAUCCAAGAUAUGUUUGUCCACUGUAUAAAACAGCUGUACGUGCAGGCGUAUUAUCUACAACAGGGCACAGCACAAAUUUUGUUGUUGCAACGUUGCUUCCAUCCGCAGAGGAACAGGCGUAUUGGAUUUUGAAAGGAACAGCUCUUUUAGUUGAGAUAAUUGAUUAAGUUUUCCAUAGCUCGAGCAAUGCAAUUUUCAUUUUAAUAUGUAUUCUUGAAUGUAAAACUGCCAAAAAAAUAUUAUAUUACAAACGCGUUUAGAACUUAAAUAUAUUGAACACAAAAGCUGUGAUGGUAAGGCAGAUAUUAUAAGUAAAGAUCAAAAUAAUUCUUCUUGCUUUCUUCUGACUAGAGUGGCAUGAUAAUUACAAUCUUUGUCGUCAAUGUUCCACAUUAACACCAUGUAGACAGAUAAUACCGAAGCUAACAAUAUUCUGUCUAUUCUGUAAAAGAAAAAGAACGAAAAGAAUUAAAUACUUAAUUAUAAUACAAUGAUAAUUCUUUUUAAACAUAUCUUACGUCAUAUAAGGAUGUAUCCAUAGAAUAAUAAGAAAACCUAUCAAACUAGGAUGUCUCAUGUGAGAAUAAAAGUGUCGCAAUUCUUUGGAUUUCGUUAACAUGGGACUUGGUCUGGACGAAAAUUUAUAAUACACUUGCUUCACUCCAGUAAGUUCAGAUAUAUCCAUCAUUAAACAACCGCUAUAAAUUAUUGACCAAGCCAGAACAUGGAGACUGGUAAAUAUGUACCAUGAAAUAUCAUUGAAAGAUGUAUCGAUUUUCCACCAUGAAAUUGAUGAUACGAUUUGCCAUUGAUUAAGUAGCAAAU